AAUAAAUGUUACCUGUAUUUAUAUCAUACCGUAUUUCAGGUCACCGUACACAUUUAUGUUACUCACACGGCCUGUACACAGCUUGAAUUAUUGACGACAAACAAGCCUCAGUCAACAAAAAUACGAAAAUCGCGGAUGUGAAUUUGUUUAUUAGAUCGUCAAGUUUCUGGAGAGCGUCCCUUCCGCGAGAACCCGGCUGUUGGUGAUCUUAUCGCGGGCUUCGGUUUCAGCUGCAUUUGCGGUGUGUUGGAUUUGUGUGGACAGGGAUAGUUUCCGACUUGUUACAGGAUGGCGAGUUAUUCAUUUGGUUUGGCUAUAUUGACCCUGCUGGCCACCUUCCAUUCGGGAUGUCUGACGUCAACAAAGCUAAACCUGACGGAUGGAGAUAUUUUCGAAUUCCAAUGUAACGUCACCGACAUCGAUGCUUUUCAGCUGUUCCGAGAUCCACUUCAAUAUUUUGUCAAGAGGAAAAGUACAGGGGAGACCGUCCAGAUCUCACAGAACAGUCAGUCAGAUGUAGCCGGCUGGAAAACGGCUAUCCUGAAGGAUUCCUCAGGCACAUUUUUCCCUUUCCAACUGUCGGGGAUGGUCAGUCUUAACGAUUCCGGUACCUACUGGUGUUCAAGAAACAACUUUAACAAGUCCAUAGUAUUAACGGUGAACGAAUUAAGACAGGACGUUGGAGACAUAAGAUUCUCCAUUACAAAUCUUGACGAAGAUAAACGUCCAACAGGAGAGGAAAUUUAUAUUUCACGAGCAGCUGAUGAAGCUGACCCAGCCCCCAAAGAAGUAAUGAUAGAAUCCGGUUUAUACCAGGCACGCUGUACUGCAGCUGGAGGGGUCCCAGAUCCUAAAAUCACGCUUCAUUCUGGGGGCAACAUUCUGGCGUUCAAAUCCAUUAAGAGAGUUCUUCUCAACUCCGGAGCGAAAGACAUAGAAUGUAAAGUAGAGACUGGAGAAUUUUCUCACCAUCUAAAGUUCAACCUGAAAAUCAACGCAGGACACCCCGAAAUCCUGUGUAACGCACCUGUUACGUCCGUUGGAGCUAAAGACGCAGAGUUUGAUUGUCUUGUGUCCGGAAAAGAUCUCAAUUGUGCUCACUUUUUCUGGAUAUCUGAACAAGACAUGACUUCAUUUUCUGACAAAGCGAACUACACUAUUGAAUGCGAGGUGAGCGAAGAUAGAAGAAGCAUGAAGCAAAUCUUGAAAUUUGGCGAUGUUAAGGAGUCAGAUUUUGAGGAUGGUCAAAUUCUGAAGUUUGAAAAUCAUCUGGAAGAGACGUUCCAAAAAGUCAACAAAUUAACGAAGGAGGAAAAAAGUUCGCCCCAAAUCAACGCCGGUGCUAACGUUGUUCCUAUGGGGAUGGUGUCCCUCCUGUUCCUGUCCGUGCUAGGUUUGUUGAUGUAGACUUGUAGAAAGUGCCUACCGGAAGUUUCGCAGGUUUCCUACUGGUAUAACAGGUUUAAGUAUCAGAUCUAGCGGCUAGGGAGAUCAAUAUCCGGUUUGUCGCCGCCUGGGCAUGCGUAGUCACUAAUUACACUUCUAAAUAUGUGUAUCAAUUGUUCUAUGGCGUUGUCUCCUUUUGUGACCUAAACAGUCACUUGCACUAGGUCUGAUACUUAACAUGGCAAACAUCUCUAGUAUAUCAGCGUUAUAUUGUCAAAGGAUGAAGUAUAGGACAAAAAUCUGACGAACCAAUGAGAAUCGGGAUAACAUUCUGAAGCACCAAUGAGAAUCAGGACAAAAAUCUGACGAACCAAUAGGAAGCAGGAAAACAACAUGUAUUCCAAGGAUUAUCUACAGUAUUCUAGAAGGAACAUCGACGGAUUUACGUCAACAUGUAAAAGUUUGCAGAUUUAUUUAUGGCUGGUUAUAUUUAUUUUAAUCGAAGCCCUUUGGAGGAUCAGGUACGAUAUUAGACCAGUCAAUGUAAUGUGAGGUGUGCAGUGUAAGCUAGCAAAUUCAAAGUUGCGAAACAUAUGGCAGUGAAUACAGCGAUAUCAAGAUGGAGGACACUUUUGAUAAACAAUGAGGAAAGAGUAUGAGAGAGAAGUGCGUAUGGUGACAGAUAGUAUAUUGUUCUUUGAAAUUAUGUGUAUGAAAUGACUACGCCUACGUGUAUAGCUUCUUGUACAGUUCGCAAUUUAUAUAUAUUAAAUAGGGGCUGAAAAAAAUGUCCCUAUAUACAUCUAGUUAUAUAUAUCUAUAUGUGUGUGUGUGUGUGUGUGUGUGUGUGUGUGUGUGUGUGAAUAAACUAACUAAAAUCGAGACUGUUUAAAUACUACAAGUGAGAAAUAUUUAAUAUUGGUAUAUAAAAACAGUUAUCACAAAUGAUAAAGACAAGGCCACAAAGUAAGCCUGCUUAAUUUCAUCCAAAGCUGCAUUUUUUACCAUGCCAUACGGGGGAUUGAUAUAGGUAGUGUAGGAAUUCAUAAGUGUCCAAAUGUUAAUUUGUUCUUAGCUGAGUACUGAUUUCAUAUCAGAAGACAUUAGGGGUGAUUUCGUUAACAAAACCAAUGCUAUUAAGUACAAAAAAUAUAUAAACCUUGCAUGGUAUGGCGUAAUUGCUAAAAUAGGGUUAAUAUAUAGUAAAAUGCUCUUUACAUCCUUAACAAGUUUAUAUGGCGAGGUUGUAAAAAUUGUGUAAAAAUCCCCGACAUGCCAGUUUAUGCCUCCACUGACCAUGCAUUGUAUACAAGUGAUACUUAUAUGACUAUAAAAAGGUGUAUGCUUCAUUGAAAACAGUUUGACAGGAAACCCGACAGAUAUCAUUAUCUUCUUCGGCUUAACAUUCUCAUAAACAUGUGGCAGUAAUUAUGUAUAUUUUUCACAUUUAAUAAUUGUAUAAAUGUAGCGGUGUGAAUACCUGUGUAUAUUUUUUACACUAUCAGUACGUAAUCUUUUGUGUAAAAAGGUGUGAUAGUCUUUUGUUUACAGAACACAAUUUAUUGAGGACAGAUACACAAUCAGUGUCUAAAUUUUGUUUAUGUAAAACUACAACAAUUUUUCUUAAAGUAUUUCUCGUGCCAUUCUUGGAUGACGUCACUAUAAUACAAACAUCGUUCAGAUGAUAUUAAAAUCAAAUAUCUAAUUAAUCAAAGUAUAUUAUAAAUAACUUUUUGUUAAAUAUAUAUAGUUGCCUUUUAUAUUGUAAUGAAGAAUUCACUUAAAGAAUGUUUUUUUUUUUAUUUUAUAUGAAGUUGGAGGAUGUAUAAUCGUGUAUAAUCAGUAGCUAGUGUAUAUAUAAAUAUCCUACUAACAAAUGAUAUCUAAAAUAACACUAUUAGAAUAUUUUGCAUUAGACUGUACCGUGGGCAGGGAUCUCUCAACCCGAAUAUAAGAGUUUAACUGGCCAACACGCGGCUUGAGUGCUAGUCAGCCGAACUUUUAGAAGAUUGUUGAGAUGUCCUUGUUCGCGGUACAGGCCAAUGUUUGAUUAUUUUUCCCACAUACUUUUUGAAAAAGUUACUUAUGUAAGGUAUUGUCAGUCUCCUUCAUCGCGCCAUCAUGAAAAUGUGUGUCGAAAUUGAUGACGUUAUGAAUUUGCGACGAGGUUAGGCUACAUAAAAUGAUCACGUUACGCAAAUGUGACUGACGUCAUAGCACUUGCCUACUGUCUUUCUCUACCCCAUGCGAGAUCGAGUUACUCAUCCCUAGCAACCACGGGAUCACCAUGUGAAGUAUGUGUAAAAGAUAUUCAUCGACUAUUGCUACCUGGUCACAUACGUUUUGUGUCUAGUCUAUCUUGCUUUCGACAGCGUAUUUCAAUAUCUAAAUAGGUUAUGUAUAAUCUUCAAUGUUCAUUCCAAUAACGUUGGGCCAAGAAGAUGCCUUUUAACUAUGCUUUUAUGAUAUCGACAUAUUUUUAUUUUAAUAUUUUCCUCGUGGUUGAUGGAUAAAUGAAUGUAUCUGAUAAAUAGUGACUGAAAAUGACUGUUAUUCGUCGUAUAUCUGUACUGAGCGAUUUUUAUAGAGUUUUAUCGAAUGUUUAGCUGAUUUAACUAUAAAUACUUUGAAUGACUUGUGUGUCGUAAGAAACAUAAACAUGUCUUUGUCACUAUGUAUUAACAUCCCAGCGGAGUUUAUCAACCAAAACCAAGACUAGCUCCAGCUAUUGUUUUCAGGUGGUUUUAUUAUUAUUAUCUAAGACAUCCCAGAUUGUUUAUGUAGGUGUUAUAACACUUUAUCGGACAAUUGUUUACCAAUUUUAUCCACUUCCUUAUACUCACCAUUGGUUAUAUGCACCUAUCGAAUAGUGCUUUGUUGUUAUUAUUUUUUUUUAUAUAAAAGCUCAAUUUCAUUUACACAUUAUCAACUUGAUUUUGUGUCUUGCUGUAGAAGUAGUUUAUGGAAAUCGAAGCGGACAUUUUCCCCGUAUAAAAUGCGGUCGUAUGCCUAUUUGACGGGAAGUUAUUGAAUUGGUAAAAGAUAUUUCAAAAUGUUUCCUAGAAAGAAUAAUCUGUUUUUUAUUCUGACAAAGAUUUUAAUUCGGGUUAACGUCCCGUUCUAAAGGUGCUGUUGCAGAACCGCCCACAGCGAUUUCUUGAAAUCGACUAUAUUUUCCAGUAAAGCUAUGAAAAAUACAUAAAUCGUGGGCGGUUUUAGAGCAUUCCUGCAACAGCACCUUUAAUUUGAUAUUUUUGUAAAGUCAUAUUUUUUCGCCGGAUCGUGUUGACAUCCGAACUAUAGUUGGAGGAUACACAUCUCACAUGCUUGACGAAAUAUAAAUGUCGUGCGUUCUUCGUUUGAUGUCGUCGUCCCCUUCACAAAGGUUCAUCAUUAGUUUAUUCUGUCGUGUAAUGUCUCCCUGUUAUCAUCCAUUGUUGUUAAGAUAGCGAUGUUGCCAGGCAGACGUUGACCCUCUGACCAUCGGUAUGUCUGUGAACUGACCACAAAUUGCUGUACUACUACAAAUCUUCUAUACUUUGGAAGUAUGUAUUGCUACAGAUUCUAUAGUUUGGCAAUUGUAAUGUGAUAACUAUUGUGAGGGAAUACGUUUUAUAUUCACCUGCUUCCAUCACUGUGAUAUAUAUCAAUAUAAAAGUUCCCUUUGGGUUCAUAAACACGAAUAGUAACCGGACAAAAAGAGACUUAUAUCACAAUAUGUUCUCCUGGAUGACUGAUUUAAUCUGUAUAGUGGAACAACACAUCUAGAUAGACAUAUUGCAAAACAAACUCCCAACAUUUUUAUUUAAACAAAAUUAUCUUCUGUUGUUCCUGUAGGUAUUGUUUUAUUUACUCGGAUAAAUGUUCAUAUUUUAACAACGUCAUUUUUUAAAUGUUUUUUUUUAACAUUUUGAAUAUUUUAUUCUGCAAUAAAGACCACACAAACGACUAUGUGGUAUUAUUAAGAUCUGAAGUUGGACUGACGAGGCGACCUGACGAGUUGAUAGCUCGAUACUCUGCAGCAUAUGAAAUGUCCCGCUUACUUUUUCUAGGCUGUCAAUAAAAAAACUAAUACAUUACA